ACAGAACUAAAUCUGCACUGUCAGUUUAUAGUCUAAUUUUAGUUAAACGAUGAGCUAUAAAUAAAGCAUGUUAAGAUUCUGCAGUUGUUUUUCUCAACAAGGAUUUGGGUGCUGGGAUGAGCAAAAAUACAGGCAUCUUGGACAUUAUUCCUGUCAGUUAGCCCCUUUUUUGACACUUCAACUUUAUAGAUCCCAGUGGUGACAUCAGCUCUCUGCAGCAGCAGCAGCAAAUGUAAUGAGAUUUAUCGGGGCAUGCACAGAUAUAACAUGUAAGGUCCACAGUAAUAAUAAUAGAGAGGAAACCAGGUUGAAGGUACUUAUGCAUCAUUGUCAGAGCAGACACUUUUUGAUCACGUGGUACACAAUGCAGUCGUGCACGUGCAUGUGUGAGCACAUGUCCGCAGCAGCGGAUAAGAUACGUGAAGCAUCGCAGGAGGUGCCAGGCUCACCAUGCCAAGCUGCCAGCUGCUCUGUCUCUGCGCCUCCGAACCGACGAACAUCCGUCUCUCAUGUUUGUGCUCAGAGUUCCAUUAAGCGGACGAUGCGGCUGUUCACUGUCUCAACUUUGCUCCUGUUCUUCCUCAGCUCAGGGCUGGCUCUGCAGAUUCAGUGCUACCAGUGUGAGGAGAUGACACAUGACUGCUCCACCCCAGAGUUCAUUGUCAACUGCACUGUUAAUGUGCAGGACAUGUGCCAGAAGGAGGUUCUGGUGAAGGAUGAUGGGAUACACUACCGCAAGUCCUGCGCCUCAUCAGGAGCCUGUCUUAUCGCCUCUUCUGGCUACCAGCAGUUCUGCACCGGCAAGCUCAACUCAGUGUGCAUCACCUGCUGCAACACACCGCUGUGUAACGGACCGCGCCAGAAGAAACGACCCCAACACUCUGCUGCCAUCGCCCUGACCACGCCGCAUCACUCUGUGUUUUCUCUCUACAUCCUCCUCUUGCUGUCCUCCACCCUGUGCUGACAGGCCUUCACACACUGAGUUAAGAUGUGCAUUAUAAAAAGUUCUGCUGCAGACAGUGCCGAAGACAUGAACUGGAACUGUGUAAGCUGAGACAUACAUAUUUUGAAAGGCAUAUUCUGUAAGAUGUGUGGAAGCUUUGUACAGUAUUUGUUUUCUUUACUCCCCCUGCUUGUUUGUCGCAGCUUGCCUCCAAAGUUCAAACGCCACACUGAGUGGUGGGAAUUCUUCUUAUCACAUGUCAUGUCACAAACAGAAUCAUGGUGCAGCUGCAAGUGGAGUUGAGUAAGGUGAGGUGAAGGACAGUGCCGUGGAUGACACAGCUUCUGGCUAUUUAUUGGACAGCAGGUGUCUCAUCCUCAUUUGUCUGUAUUUAUUUACUCUGCAAGGUCAAAAAAGGCAUAUUGCAGGAAAGAUAAGCAAGUUCACAUUCAUCAUUCAUUCUCUCAGCCUUAGGAAAAGAUCUCCUGAAUAAAUAACUCCAUGAUUUAUUCUAUAUGAAUACCAUUAAUCAUCAAGUUUACAGCAUAUUUAUGAACUAAAAAAGACUUGAGUGUGGUAUGUAUGACAAUGAUAUUGUUUAAUGAUUCUGGAAAGAAAAGUACAGUCAUGAAAAAAAGGUAUUGGAUAUGCCAGUGAUUAUAGCAUCCUAAGCCCUCAAGCCCCUCACAGGUACAACAUAAUCUCAUCAAAGUGACAGCUCUGAAACAUGCAGUGCAAGCCAUAAAAAAAUUUGUCCUGAAACUUUUCUUUGUAACAGCCUUGUAUUCUGCUCAGAAAUACCAUACACAGAGAUACAAGAGCAGGCUGAAAUACACAAACCUUUUCAAAACUACUCACCACAUAAUCUCUGCAACGCUAAUGACUAAAAUUAAAAGUAUACAUUGAGGCGGAGCAACUGUAAUGAAGAGAGCAAUUGGUAAGAUAAGGGACACCUAGAGCGGCUGUCAGUGACUGUCCAGAACGGACUACACCAGCUUUUUGGGAGUUUUGCCCACCAGUUACUUUAGAGAGAUACUUUAUGACAAGGAGAGUAGUUCUAAAGUUAUCCUUAAUGACAGGAGGCAAUCUGAUGUGCUAAACUUA